AAACGUCAGGAUGUCGAAGUGCAUUUCAUGAUAUCUUCCCGCUGAUUGUUUUGCUGAUAUGUUACAUCUUUGGAAAACACGGCCAGCAUCAUCUGCUGUCGCACGAGUGUGUCGUUUUGUAGUUGUAGUGUAAUAGUGUAAAUUUCUGUUUGUGUUGACUUAAGAAGAAAGACAAAAUGGUUUUAGCAGAUCUAGGACGAAAAAUCACCUCGGCGUUGAGGUCUCUAAGCAAUGCCACGGUCAUUAAUGAAGAGGUCCUCAAUGCUAUGCUAAAAGAGAUAUGUGCUGCUCUCCUAGAAGCUGAUGUGAAUAUAAGAUUGGUUAAGAAACUUCGUGAGAAUGUACGCUCGGUUAUAGAUUUUGAUGAAAUGGCAGGUGGUUUAAAUAAGAGGAGAAUGAUACAGAGUGCUGUCUUCAAGGAGCUCGUUAAGUUAGUCGAUCCAGGUGUGAAAGCACACCAGCCUGUGAAAGGAAAACCGAAUAUUAUAAUGUUUGUCGGGCUUCAAGGUUCUGGAAAGACAACAACUUGUACAAAACUAGCGUACCACUAUUUGAAGAAGAAUUGGAAGGCAUGCUUGGUUUGCGCAGACACAUUCCGUGCGGGUGCUUAUGACCAACUCAAGCAGAAUGCUACAAAAGCAAGAAUUCCAUUUUAUGGGAGCUACACUGAAGUAGAUCCUGUAGUUAUAGCACAAGAUGGUGUAGAAAUGUUUAAGAAAGAAGGCUUUGAGAUAAUAAUUGUUGAUACAAGUGGACGACAUAAACAAGAAGAAUCACUUUUUGAAGAAAUGUUGCAAGUUUCAAAUGCAAUUAAACCAGAUAAUAUCACAUUCGUCAUGGAUGCAACAAUAGGUCAGGCCUGUGAAGCACAGGCUCGUGCAUUCAAAGAGAAGGUUGACGUUGGUUCAGUUAUAAUAACAAAGCUUGAUGGACAUGCUAAGGGUGGAGGUGCUCUCAGUGCUGUUGCAGCUACACAAAGUCCUAUUAUUUUCAUCGGAACAGGAGAACAUAUUGAUGACUUUGAACCAUUUAAAACUAAACCAUUCAUUAGUAAGCUUUUAGGGAUGGGUGAUAUAGAAGGUUUAAUUGACAAAGUAAAUGAGCUGAAACUUGAUGACAAUGAGGAAUUAAUAGAAAAGAUAAAACAUGGGCAGUUCACAUUACGUGAUAUGUACGAGCAGUUUCAGAAUAUUAUGAAAAUGGGUCCUUUUUCACAAAUAAUGGGUAUGAUACCUGGGUUUAGUACAGAUUUCUUAUCGAAAGGUAGUGAACAGGAUUCAAUGGCCAGAUUGAAGAGGCUCAUGACAAUUAUGGACAGCAUGAAUGAUGGUGAAUUAGACAGCCGCGAUGGUGCAAAACUAUUUACAAAACAAUCCUCAAGAAUAGUGAGGGUUGCACAAGGUUCAGGAGUGACUGAAAGGGAAGUUAAAGAACUUAUCUCACAGUAUACAAAAUUUGCUGCAGUUGUAAAGAAGAUGGGUGGAAUAAAAGGAUUAUUCAAAGGUGGUGAUAUGGCAAAGAAUGUAAAUCAAGCCCAGAUGACGAAACUUAAUCAACAGAUGGCGAAGAUGAUGGAUCCUAGGGUUCUUCAACACAUGGGUGGAAUGCCAGGACUUCAGAAUAUGAUGAGGCAGUUGCAACAAGGAGCAACAGGAGGUCUUGGAAACCUAAUGGGUUUCGGAAAUAAGUGAUAAUAGGUUUAACAGUGAUGACACAUACUGCAUAUUUAUUCUACAUUCGAGUAUGAAAAUUGCAGUUUGGUUUAUUUAUAACUUCCAAAUAAUUACUCAGUGCAAAAAAGAAAUGGAGUAUUCUGUCUGCGAUCUUAAUAGUUACGAAAUUUGCAGAAUGGUAUCUAGAAUUUGGACAUCUUUGCAUGCCUGUUACAAAAUUGAAUGUCUUCUCAAAUUUAACAUUUGAAAUGAUUUGAAUGUAAAUUGAGAAAAUGAGAGUAAAAAUAGCAAGAAAUAAAUUCAGUGGGCCUGCAUGUACAAGUUGUUGUUAAACUUUCAAAAGUAUCAUAUACAAAUUUUUCUACUAACUAAAACCCAGUAAAGAGAAGUGUACCCCACUCACCUGAUUAAAAUUUUGUAUGGCAGGCAAAAUAAGUUAAGUAUAUCUUUCUUUUGAAGAGACACACAAUGUAUGAAGGGAAAGAAAUUGGCAGUCAUACUGUAAUUUAAGGGUAUAAAGUGAAAGAUUGAAACAAUCCUCCAUGAUUUAGGUGAAAAUGCCUUGUCUUGUAAUUUUUUCCAUUCAGAUUUCAUGUUCGACAUCUUUGUUCCCAUUUCACAGUAAUGACUUGUCAUAACAACAUGGAUAGCUGGUCAUCUUAAAUAUAUUUUUCAGUGUGUGUGUGUAACCAAGACCCACAAAUUCUGUGAGUAGAUCUGGUUCAUGAAGAAUUGUGGUUUUGUUACCACAGAGUUGUUACUAUGGCAGGCACCUGACUGGUUCCCAGGAAGGAGACAAUUUCUUCAGUAUCCUAAGGCACUGUGGGAGUCUCUUUCAAAAAAAGAAAAAAAAACACAGCAUGUGUGCAUUUCCUAUGUUUCUGUAGAUGAUUGUGUCUUUGACAGGUUGUAUGUGUAUAAGGAUGUGCUCACUAGUUACAGUUCCUGGAGGGUAAUUUUGCAUGACUGUUGCACUUUUCUGUACCAGAGUCCAACUCUGGUAAAUAGCAGCAUUCUAACAACAAAUACCUUAACUUCACAGUAUUUGUUGUUCUAACAACUUAUAAAGAGGUUUGUGGGCACUGUACAGAAAUAUAACACCCUGAUAAGUGGAAUUUUAUGGUGCUUACUAUGCUUCAACACCUUUAUAUUGCUCCUAAUAGAAGUCACCAUUCAGUAGUACCUAUUAUUUGUCCAUCGUCUGCCUGCAAUAUCACCUCAUAGUUGUGCUAAUGUUAUACCAAUCAUUCCCAAUGGUUUUACAGUAUUCGUUUGGUUUGUUUCAGUCUGUUACAGUUUUCUCAAAAUGAACUAAACAUUUUGUGCAUCACACAAUGAGCAUGAUCGUCGAUUUGUCAUCUAAUAAUUUACACAUGGUUUUUGGAGUGCUAAUGUGAUUAUUAUUAUUAUUAUUAUUAUUAUUAUUAUUAUUAUUAGUGCAAAGCAGAAUUAAUUUUAUUGUGUGAUUCAUGGCAGCUACUUAAAGUAUGUGCUUGCAUUUGUAUUUUUGGUUUUGCUUUUCGUGAGAGAUCAAAUGGGUAUCCAUCAGUUAAGACUUUGAAGUUAAACUGUAAGAAAAAAUACACAUAUACUCUUCAGACUCCACAUGCAUAGCUCUAUUACUAACAGUAUAUUGAUACUGCAUGAGACACCCAUAGUGUGUUGUGUGGCAGUUUAUCUUUCAUCCUAACAUGUUUUAAAAUAAUAAUACUCACUGCUUUGACAAUCCAAGCAAUAUAAAGAAACACUUUUUUCAUGUCUAAUGUACAGAUCUUCAUCUGUGCUAUGGUCUGUCUAGUGAUACUCAGUAUCCUGUUGUUGCAUAAUUUCAAAAAGUCUUUUUGUUUUGCUUAUUGUUACCACUAAUUUACAUUCAUAAGGGCAGUAAGAAAGUAUGAAAAUGGAAAAAAAAAAAGCAAUCCAGGGCACCACUAGAAUGAAUGUUGCCCUCGUAAUUAUACUACAUACAUGCUCAAGUUAUUAGAUUAAAAUCAUUUACCUUGCAAAAGAUAAAUUUAUUACAAACCUAUAUACAAGAAUUUACAUUCAUGCACUUAAUACCAAGCACGCCUUUAUUCAUCGUAGAUGGUUGUGCUGUGGAAUUGUUUUCAUCAACUUUUCACAUGGUAUGAAAAUAUUUCCUGUAACAUCUCUUCUUUAAAGUUAAAACUACACAUUUAAAUUGAUGAUAAUUAUGACAACAGACAUUAUAAUACCUGAUUAACAUUUAAAAAAGUAUAAGGCACAGGGACAUAACAGCCAAUGACUUUUCUCACAAACAAGAAGUAAUGCUGUUUAUACUACUAAAUCACUGUGUCCACUUAGAGGUGCACUAGUAGUGUGCCCACACUGUGAAAAUUAAAUCAUUGUGUGAUUUAUUACAAAAAGGGUGCAUCUGCAGCACUCUAAAAUGUCAACAUCAAACAAAAAGAGGAUAUUUCUUUAAUUUAUGCAGUUUAAUUUCAAAGUAUUAGAAUAACUUGCUUUAGUCUAAUAAUUUGAAUACACAGUUUUCUUAAUUUGUGCAAAGAGACUGCACUGUCAUUCUUUGAAGAAGUACCUUCAGAGGCAGCCCACUUCAGUUUUAAGUUCUGCAAUUUUCAUUUGGUUCCCUCUUGGCUUCUGCACUGCUCAACUUGAGAUGUGUGGGCCCUACCUUUGUCUGAAGCAGUAGGUAUAGGUAUAUCGUGUGUGUGUGUGUGUGUGUGUGUGUGUGUGUGUGUGUGUGUGUGUGUGUGUGUGUGUGUGUGUGUGUGUGUGUUGGGGGAGGGGGUUACUAGAGUUCUGAGUAUUCUUUGCACUGCAAAUACAGGAAAUGUAAAUACAUGAUGUUUUAUAAGUGGAGGCCAUUAAUGCUACUGAAGCAUUGAGUGCUUAUACGACUAAUACGGUGUGUGUAUUAUUAUAAUCUGGAGACGUGGCUUUCCAGUAAUGAUGACCAUUAUUCCUUCAUCAUGUAUGAAUACAUGAUACUGACAAAAUAGCUGCAGUGAGAAGUCCCAUAAAGUUUGAGGAUGACUAGUAUAACAAUGACGAUGAUGAUGAUGAGUAUGAAUUAUUCCAGUACUAAUAAUGAAGAUCUAAGUGCAAAUUUUGAGAUGGCCAAAUUCAGGUGGUCAUCCUUUUGUACCAACAGAAAUCACAUUAUACUCUGUGUAAAUAAGAAUUCAAAUGUAUUUCUACAACCCUCUGGCGUGGAAAACUGUUUGCUAAGACAGUCUGUUGCGACAGUGUGAAGAAUGUUCAGAACAGUAUGUAAUCAGGAAAGAAUAAUUAAGAUCUCUACUGAUGCUGUGAAGAAAAUGACUUCAUUGAUUGCUAAUAUUACCUGUUCACAGGUUAUGAGACCAGAACACCACAGUAUGAUUUUUGCUGCUUGUCGCAAUAUCAUACAUGCAUUAACAGUUCUAUCUGUAUUACAUAUCUUAAUAUUUAAUCCAGCUUAAAUUGUGAAGUGAAGAAUUUCUGCAAAGGAAUAAUUCAAAAAUUAUUAAUUUUUUUGAAGUAUCUGAAAGCAAAAUAUUUGCAUAGCACUAUCCUGAGUGCACAACAUUCAACAGAAACUAACAUAUGUGCAAAUUAUUUUCUAUCUCAUUAAUCACUUUCAUUAUACGUGUUACUUAACCGUUUUGCUGCUCUGAUCUUGUGUACACAUCCUACUACGCUGUUCCCCAGGUGCUGCGGACACGUAUACACGCGCCGCUUGGGUUUUUGUACAGUCCUAUGGAUGUUUGGAUGAGUCCUGAGCUGCUGACUUCUCACUGCUGCAGAGAAGUUACUUCCAUAUCUCUGUGGAUAAAAAAGUUUGAGUAUUUAUUGUACAACAUGUGUACCUCAUUGUGUGCUAUUAUUCACCAAAAAAAAACCUCAUUUAGGUAUCUUGAAUCAUUUGAGAUAUGACGGUUGUCAUAACCACGAUUUGUGAUGCGCAAGGACGUGAAUGGGUGCAUCAUAUGCGGCCACAUUUAGAUAUGAAACCCAAUAACUCAAGAAGGAAAUGAGAUACCAUUCUGCUCUCAAUUUUAAAUAAUAUUUUGAUAUCUUAUAUAUAUUUCAUUCACUUCACUCUAUGGGUUAAAAUCAGCCAUACACAAAGCUUACGCAGUGUGUUUAACCUCUGCAGAAUCUAUAAAUUUCACUCAGUGCUUUACUUAAUUUUCUGCAGUGCAGUAACUAUGGCACAUAAUGAAAAGAAAUUCAGCUCUUUAUAAAGCACAAAGAUGUCAGUCAAAAAUCAACUUGUUUCAAGUAAUAGUUUUAAAAAAAUUGUGUAAGUAUUUCAUAUCGGUCAGAAUGCUGUCUCUCAACACAGGUACCAACAUUUGGCGAGCAAUGUGGCCAUAACAAAAACCAUACUCAGCAUGGAAUGUAGAAAGCACAUCUGUAGCAGCGAAAGGGUUAACAAUAUUUACUGAUGAAAAUUUUCCAAAACAAGGUGUCAGAAACAAAAGAAUAUCAUGGCCUUUAGCUUAAUAGUGUUCCUUCUCUUACGUAACUCCUUACCAGUUCUUGCAUCUUAGCUCACAGAGGACUUUAUAAGCCAAAAUAACUUUUCGUUUAUUGAAGUCACCAUUCCCCUGUUCACAAGCUAGUACAUUCUUCCUCAUUGUCUUCACUUCAUGAUAGUACAUUCUUCCUCAUUGUCUUCACUUCAUGAUAGAAAACAGCCUGAAUACAUGUACGCUAGAGCUGUAUCUAUUUUGUUUAGUUAUCAUGUUACAAAAAUAAGAGUAAUCACAAAGAAAUUGAAGGAAAUGGACUCCACAUUUUAUAUAUGGAACUGAAAUGAAGUAAAGACACCAAGAGAAAUAUGGACAAGUAGAUGAACAUUUGGACUGACUCAGGAUAGUGCAUUGUAAACAUUUGGCAUAUCUGAGAUAACUCACAAUGAUGAACCAAGAGGUUGAAAAGUAUUGGCACUGAUGUCAUUCGAUUUCUCUCCCCAUACAUCCAAAUUUGGAGACGAGUGUCAGUAUCACUUGCAUACUUCCAUUAUUUACUUAAUACAAUCCUUUUGUGAAGUGUUGAUACUAAAACAGAAUGUUUAUUGAAACAUGAUUACUAUAAUUUCGUCACUAAUCCGCUCCUUUCACUUGACAAAUCAAGUCUGAAAUAAACCAUAUAAUUUAGAUUUAACUGACGACCCUUUACUAACUACAUAAAAUGUUAUAAAACAUAUAAAAGUAGACAUAUGAUGUGCCUUACAUAAUCUUUGCACAGAUGUUACUGUCUGUUAUUUCCCCCUAUACUGUUAGUUUUGUGUGCUUCGAUUACUGCUUUGCAUAGCUGCUAUAAGAUAUACACUCAUUAGCAGUUGAAUUAGAGGUACAUACUGAUUAGCGUGUAGCACUCUGUUUUGACCUGACGAUACUGGUGUCUUGUCAUGCUACAGACAUUGAGGUGCUAAAAGGAAUUUUUGUGGAGAGGGUGAGGGAUGGGGAGAGACAUACUGACCGACAACCGCUCAACCACUUACCACAACUAAUGGAAAAUAGACAGAGCUAUUUUCAGGUCAUGCAUCUCACGAUUGGUGUUCUACAUAUGCUCAAUAGGGUUCAUUUCAUGUGAUGGAUGGGAGCUAGAGCUGAGGAGGAUGAGGACAAGGGGGAGGGGGAGAACACACAAGCAAUAUCAUGACUGUAGAGUGUUCUUCAAAUCAUUCUGACAUUGUUGAGGAAUGAUAGGAUGGUGGAUGGUGCUUUGUCUCGGGGGUCACACAUUGCUUGCAGGAUUCUGUAAUCAAACUAAUUUAUGCAUGUGGCUGGAUCGUAUGUUUUUGUAUUUUUCUGUAGUGGAAGAUUAAGGCACACUAAUAGGAGCCCUAUUUAAUCCUGUGCAAACAUCCUCCACAUAAGAGCACCUUUACUACAUGCUCCAGUGGUGUCCUGUUGAUAAGUGUGGUGCAUUGUUUUAUGAUGUUUUUUAUGUUGUUUGAUGUGUAUCAGCACAUAUCAUUACUCCUUAAUCCCCGGUGACCUUUCUCCAUGCUUUGGAAGUCCGGUGAUGGUGGUUGUGCACCCAUGCUAAUCUCUGCACCCUGUGACAUGCUAUGUACAGAGGUACAUAUGUGGGCCAGCGGCUUCUGUACCCAACAGCAUGUUGGUGUUUCUGGAAUGAUACUGCUUCUCACUGGUUAUUGUUCCCCAACAUUAACUUAAUGAGUGAUUUGCUUCACUGUGACUAGACAAGUCACAGUUAGAGACCACAACAGUUGACCCUAGCAGCAGCAGUCUUCUUAGAAUUGAGAUACUCUGUUUAGACUUGACACAAUAACAUCUGAAAAUUGCAGUGCCUGCAUGGCCUUGGAUAUGAAAGGUUCCAUGCAUAAGAAAACAAUAAUUUGGCUGUGAACAAACACACUGAUGUUGCACAUCUUGCACUCAACUGUCAUAUGAGUGGCCAGUUUGAGGUCAGUCGACUUUUCAGUCAUGUGACCAGCUAUUUCUAAUGUUAUUGCUGUUGAGUGUUUGAUGUGAUAGACUUUAGGUACAAUAUUCCAUAUUACAUGCAAAACUGUAGCCCCCUCGUGUGCCCUCUACUAGCUGUGUGAACCAGUUCACAGGUCAGAUGAUAACAAGGACAUGCAGUCUCCAAUAGAACAAUACCUAGUAAAUAACUCUAUUGUCAAACUAAUGUAGAGACUGGUGACUUUUGUAUUUUAUACAUUAAAAAUUAAGUCCAUUGUUAUCAUGUUGUGGUAGUUUUAAAUACAGGACUUAGUAAUAGAUACAUAUACAUUUAGGUGUUAAGUGGAAAUAGUCCACAACAUUCAGUUCAUUUGAAGAAAAUAUUGUUGUGGUAACAUUACUCUAUGAAUAGUUUGAUGGAAAAUUUAUCAAAUGCUAAAUCUAUCACAUAAAUUGUAUAAGUAAUUCUGACACUUCUUGCGAGGCAGACUGAUUGCUGGUUCUGUCCUGUACCUUCUUCUUCUUAUUAUUAUUGUUUGAUAGACUUGUUCCUUUGUAUAAGAUGAUAAUGUUAUUCGCCUGUUGUGAGAGGAUCACCUUUUCAAGUCUGCAGAUAGAUAUUUAGUUCUAUGUCUCAUAUUACGUAACAUAAAACUGUACCAAGGACUAUUACAGCCUGUGUUGUUGUCUGCUGAAAGACAUUUCACAUUUUCAAGAGUGUGUGUGUGUGUGUGUCACAUCGUCAUCAUCAUUAUUAGUAGAUAACAUUGCAAUGUAUAGGAGGUUUUAAUAUGAUUCAUUAUAUAGUUUUAUUUAUCUUGCACACAUUGGGGAGUUAGUUUUCCCCUGCUAUAACUGGGUGCCACACAAGAAGACAACAGCGCGAUGCAUUCUGUGCAGAGAGUGACAGAGUUCCUUGUGGUGGCAUUAGUGUGCGCUGUGUGUCUGUCCCAUGCUCACACUCCAGUCAUUGCCAACUGGUGAUGAAUGGGUGAGCACGACACCCAGCCACUGUUUCUAUUUCUGAUUCUGCCUAGCAGAAUUUACAUGCUCGAGAAACUAUCAGUCACUUCUUGAUGUAAUACUCAUAAUGUUUGCUUUAUGUAACACAUAAUGAACACUACAGUGGCUAAGUAACCUCACUAUACUUACACUAACGUGAGAAUGAAUGCUAAAUGUUCACACACAACCCAAUGCACAUGCUACCGACAUGUUGCAGAAUUAUGCUUUUGGCUGGUGUGUCACAUGGUUCACUGAUCUUCGUCACUGCACAUCACCCCACCACCUGCCUUCUUGUGUGCGCGCUCCACUAUAUCAUCAUAUCACCUACAUUUCUAUUGUCGUGUGAACAUUUGCCUCAGAAACCUGUUAUUUACAUUCCUAGCAAUGAUUACUUGCACAUAAUUAUUUUUCAGGAUUGUAAAUUUCAAUUUUAUUUUAUUUUUUUUUUUUUUCAGAAACUCCAUAAACCAUGUGUCCUUUUUAGCCUUCUUUAUAUAGUUUUCUAUCCUGCCGCUCUUACGUGUGCAUGCCACAGUAGACAAUAUAGACAAAUAAAUUAAUUUUUAGUAAAAGUAGUUCUUUUUGCAUAUUUUGCAAUUUACCUUUUCAUCAUUUGCUGUAAUUCACCAAAAAGCCUUCCUGCAAUGCGUUUAUUGUGUUGGGGGCAGGUUUUAUAUUUAUUUUUCUUUUCAGAUUUCCCCUCUAGUGUUUUCCAUUGCAGCUGCUCAAUUAUAAUGGCAUAUCACAUGUACAUUUUCUGUAUAGCCAGUUUUUGCCCACAGCACUUCUAACAAAAUGCUAAUGUAUGCUUCAGAUUGUUAUUUUCCUACUGGAGCUGAUCAUCAUUGUCGUGAGUACCCAUUGAUAUGCAUCUGUUGUAAAGAGAUUGCGGCAAAUCCAGUAGUAACCAACAACCUCUAAAGUAGUCUGAAAAUUAUAGUGGCCUGCUAUUACCAUUGUACUAUCACAGAAAUUUUGCUUGAAAUAUUCUGCAGAGGCAACUGCUGUUUCCUUAGCAAAUAAAAAUGUCCUGGUACUAAUCAUUACAUACCUUAGACUGUUUCAGAUACACAAUUCGUACAUUCUGUGUCAUAUAUGACCUUGCUACUUCUGAAACUAUACUACACAAACAACUAUCUUUUGUUGAUGAUGUUUGUAUUUGUGAUGAAAUUAUUAAAUUACAUCAUUAUUCCUUUAUUGACCAACACUUUAUAUGUCAGAAACAAUAUGUAAGGGAUCGAGGGUAGACAAUUUAUGAUAGUAUAUAAGCGAGUGUAAAUAUAGUCAGUGUUAAAAAGUAGCGUAAAUUUUGGUGUGUACUGUUUAAAGCCACAUUUACACGGAGUUUAAAAACACAUUUCUGUACAUGACAUUGUCUCUGACAAAAUCUGCAACAUGUUCGCAGCUAUGUUCAUGGUUUGUAUCUCCAUCUGCCCUAGUAACAAGUAUUUAUGUAUGUUUAUUAGCAUCAUCUGUUAUGUCAAAGCUAGUGGCAAACACUUCAUGUUGUGUGUUUGAAUUGCAUUCUAUGCUAUGUCCAACAAAAAUGGUGAAUUAUACGUGGUGCUGUGUUAAUAAUAAAGGAGAAUAUAAGGAAGCAUUGGUGGUUAAGAACAGACUGUACAAGAUGUGGCAGGAGUUACAUGCUGUGCAAGCAGAAUUUGGAGGAUGGUGCUGAUUUUUGUAACUUCGCCAGGAUAUCACCGUCCGGUUUUGAAAUUCUAAAGAAUAUGAUAGAGCCAUUUGUUUCAAAGAAAAACACACAUUUCAGAAAAGCAGUUCCUGUAAAGCAAAGAGUUCGUGUUGCUAUUUAUUUUUUGGCAAAGCCUUGAACAUUUAUUCAGUUUCUCAAAGCCAGGUAUAGCUUAUACAGGAUGGUCAGAAACAGUACGAAGAGUUUGUGAGAGUGUUGUGAGGUAGGUUCUGCUGAGAAACAAUUGUUCAGAAGAAAAUUAGUUAGUGCAUCAUUUGUGAUGUAAUUAGCAUGGCCAAUCAGACCAUUGUGCAUGCAAAUUCAAGUGGUCCCAGAGAAAGUGUUUUUUGUUUGGUUUUCUUAAAAUGAACCUGAGAGCAAUAGAAGAACUAGACAUAGGACAGUAGUACGGAUCGAACGUGAGCCAAAACCUCAGCACUUUUGUGCACUGUUGUUCAUGCUAUGAGAACAACUGACACUAAUUGUAUUUGGUGGUCCACUUGAAUUUGCAUGCGCAAUGGCCUGAUUGGGAAACUUUAAUGUUAAUUAACUCGGAAACAGUGCAACAUAUUGAAUUUUUUUUCUUAACAAUUAUUUCUCUGCACAACCUACCCUGUAACCCCCUUACAAGCUUUUCAGAUUGUUUCUGACCAUCAUGUAUAGUUUCAACAGUUUGUCAAGGCAAUUUAAGUAUGUAAGUAACAUUGACAGACAUGUUUUAUUGCAAAUAAAUACUUUCAGUACAUUAACAAAGACAGUGAGUCCAUAAAGUCAUGAUCCAGUUUUGAUCAGUAACAGAAAAGCAAUCAAACAAGAAAGAAAUAUGAAACAAGAAGGAACUGAAAGACACACUCUCAUUGUGUGUCUACCUGUUCAGCACAGUUCAAUGUCACUUCAAUUUGUUGCUCUACACAAAUCUAAUUGGUAUUUCCUUCCCACACACUUGUAAGGACAUCUAGUGUAACAGAGUGAAUUGUGUCUGUGGUUCUCUGUUUUAAAUGAUUGAUGACAUUGAUACAUUCUCUGCACACAAAUUGCUUCACAUAACCCCAAAGGUAAUAGUCUGAUGGUGUUAGGUCCAGGGAUCUUGGUGGCCAUGACUUAAAACCACCCCUUCCUGUCCACCACAGGGGAAAUUAUGUAUCCAGAAACUUGUGAACCGUGUUCGUGUAGUGUGGAGAGGAGUGUUGUCUUGUUUAAGAGGACUCUUUGUGGAAAUUGUGGAAUUACAACAUGUCAGGGUAAUUGUUUGAUGUCGUAGUCUGCUCUGCAAAGAAAAACAGGCCCUUAACUACUUCAUGUGUCAGGACGCACCACACAUUCACCUUAGAGGUGUUACGUUUAUACACAAUGUGGGCAUAAGGAAUUUCAGAAGCCCAUAUUUUGAUGUUACAGUGAUGAACAUGACCACAGUCAUGGAAUGUGGCCUCAUUGCUAAACACAAUCUUCCUCAUAAAUUGUUCUUCAUAAUCAGUCUCGUUAAACUUAACUGUAACAAACUCUAAUCAUUUUGGUCUAUCAGUCCGUUUGAUAGUAUGCAAUAAUUGCAAUCUGCAACCCGAAAAACAAAUAUGUUACUUUAAAACCUUAUGAACAGCAAUCUUUUUUAGGCUUAAGCCUCAAGUGCGCGCACACCAAUUUUUGGUGCUCCUUAGGUAGCUGUGGCAUAUAGCUUCUUCAGACUUGUCUCUUACCGAAGGCCCUUUAACGGCAUAUCCUACCAAUUAAUGUUAUUUCUAUGUGGUGGCUCUUCACUGUACAUGUGAUGAUAUUCAGAUUGAACACUGCGCACAUAUUCGAAUUUAGCAAGCUGCAAAAGACAGUGAACUUUCCUUUGCACCAUCCACAUCUCAACUGAUGUGGCCUGAUGUGCUCCUGCUACAUGGUUUGUCGUGUUGUGUCACCACCUUGCCCGGGUACACCAUUUAACUUCAUUACAUAAACUCUUUGCAAUACUGUCCAGUGUAGAGAAAGCUUCAACCUUUCGUUUCAUUUAUGUUAGCCACAACCAGCGCUCCUAACUGCACUAUGACUUUACAGACACACUGUAUAAUCAAAUCAUCUUCAUUAUCAACACAGCCCUCCUCUUCCACAGUUAUGUUAUAGUUGGUACCAAUGAUUGUGGUGAGGAAAUUUUGUCAGUCCUCCUGCCACAUCCAAGCUCACUGAUAUUUUCUCUGUCCUCUCGCAUAAAUCCAUUUCUGCCUCAAAGAGAACCGGAUACAGUUUGUCUGUACUGUAUUUGUAGAUACCUCAGUUUCUUUUCCAUGUCACUGCUGUUGCUGUUAAGAACAGCAGUGAUUUACUGUAUGGAGUCCUGUUUUAACUUGGAUUUUUUAUAAUUUGCGCUUCACACACUCCACAUGUACUCUUCUCACAGUGUGUUUGAUUUUGACAACAUAUGUUUGAAGUUACCAAGCUGUAUGAGACAACACAAUUGCUAUAGUCUGUUACAUGAAGUAAGUCAUAAAAUAAACAAACACUAGUGCCACACAGUGGUAUUUAGUGGCUGCAGGCCAGAAACAAUGUUAUGCUUGAAACUCUGUAUAAAUGUGGCUUAACUGAAGAGUGAAUGAAAUUAACGUUUCUGGUGCAAAUUAUUCAGGUUACAGUUUCUGAAACAAAGUAAGUGUUCUGGUUGUUGUUCAACUAUUCUACAGAAGUGUCUGUAUAACAUUACUGGAUGAUCACAUGUUGCAUGCCUGAUAACUUUUCAUGAUGGUGUGUGUAUUCAGAUCACCCAGUUUUCUUCAUUUGUUAUAAAAUUAGUGAAAUAUACCAUUUUUCCUUUAAUAGGUAAAAUUGUAUACAUCUAAUUCAGUGUGUAAGUGAUCAGGUAUGGAAUAGGACUUUCUACUGCUAAAUGAUGGUGAAAAAAUUUGUAGACAUGUGAUACAUGUUUGUACAGAGGCAGAUGUAAUCCGGACUUCUCAAUCAUUUUUCCAAGUUAUUUAUUUGUACUGAUCACUUGAAGAUAUAGCCAUGGAGGCCAAAAUCAACUGAUUGUUUGGAAACAGACAUUUCUCUGUAAUUAAACCCUAAUAAAGGAAAGAUAGUCACUUCAUAAUUUUUAUGCAGGCUGUGGAUCCCAGUUCCGAGAAAUUAUUUGUAGUAAAGUUGCUGUCUCUGAAUUUCCAUUACAAACAUUCUCUUUCUAAUUUUGUUGUCAGUUAAACAAUCAGACUCAUACCCAAAAUUGUUAGUUGUGUUUUCAGGGAAACUGUAAUAGGUAUUUGUAAAUAAACCUGGAAAAAUGAUGAGAACUGGUUAUACAGUUCUACCAUUUUAUACGUCUGGAAUUGUUUCAUACCUUUAAUGUGUGUUGGUGAAAGCUCAUAAAGAGCAUUCACCUGCAGAACUGACCAUCCGAGCUGUUGACUGGAGCAUGUAAAUCGUGUAUUGUGUUUUUAUAUAAAACAUAUAUGAAAGAGAGGCUGUAUCUUUAUAUGAUUAAUGUAAGCUGUAUAACUCUGAUAUUGCCCCUGUUAAUCUUUAGGCACAAAGUACAAAAUAACUGAGGUUAUAAAUUUUGCAAAAUUUGUGAAUGUUGCUACUUUGUGUGCAUUUAGAUUUGCCAGUUUACUGUGUCAUACUCUGUAAAUUUUACUGUACAAUAUGUAUAAUAUAUUGUUAUUUUUCUGUGUGUUAGAAGUUUUUGUAUUUUCAUGUCAUUCUAUGUGUAUAUAUAUAUAUAUAAGUAUUAAACUGUUGUAAAAGA